AUGGGUUGGUUACCAUUUGGCAAGUCUUCCUCGGAAAAGGGCCCAGCACCUACUCAAGUAGAACAAAGGAGUCAUCAACCGUUGAAUUUGGACCCGCAAUCUGAUAUUUCACACACUUUGAACCAGUUGGAUGAAGCCAGCAAUGGACCUAUUAAGCUCCAAAAAAUGACUGCCGAAACCAAAAAAGCCAAUGACAAAAUGGUGGGAGAGUUCGUUGCCGAGAGACCUGCUAACAUGUUCAUCAUUGACGGCGAAAAGUACAAAGACGAAAGUAUAAUUUGCACCAACAAUGAAACCGGGGGCAAAACUUGCUUGAAGUUACGUUACAACUCGAUUGAAUUGUUCAAGCAAAUGCAAAAGUUGGAAUACUUUUGCUCGUUGCCUGAUGAUAUCAACGCCACCUACUUUGAAUGUCGAAAGAUCAAAUAG